CAAACUAAUAUAUUCCCUAAACAUUUAAAAUUCUCGCUCAUAAACGGUAACAGACAAAACGGAGUCUCAUGAGUUUGCGUUUCUUUCAUAUGCAGAGUACUGCGACAUCAACAUUACGAUCCACUGCGGGUGGUUGACUCGAAAUCGAGUCGACGAUGUUUCAGACGUUUACGCAGUAACAGACGUUCGAGUAAAAGAGAAGAGGAAGGAAUCAAGCGAGUGCAAAAAGAAAAGCUUGGUAACACGAGAAAGGAAGAAAGAGCGAGAACGGUGAGGUGAGGCAUGGCAAAGAGAGGAAUGAAGUGGAAUGGAGAGGAAAGGAGAGGCGGGAGAGAAAGAUGGACGGCACGGCACGACGCAGCGCACGGAGAAACCGAGUCAAACUCUCGGCCGGCUGGCGCCGUUCUGUCGGCCCCCGCUGCCUCUUGCCAUUGCCACCAACAAUACGCGCCGUACACCUCUUCCCCGUUGUUUCGCCUGCCAUCGUCACCAACGUCAGCACCAAUGCCAGUACUUGUAAUACCAAUACCAAUAUUGCGACGUCACGAUUUCUAUCACCAACCCAUCAUCACUAUCGUUGACAAUAAUCUUAUUUGUGUAGAGUACUUUUUAUAAAGAAAUGUUCGAUCCCGUUCAAUCGCAAACUGAACACACGUGUUUAAAACUCAUCUGUGUUGUGUGAUCCGGUCAAGUUUCCAAGCGCGACGAGACGAAGCUUACUCGACUUUCGGGCGCCUUCACGCAGCGGUAUUGGUGCUAAAACCGAUAUACACGAUACAUUCUUGAACAGACCGAAGUGAUGCGGAGGCUGAAAAAGAAACGACGUUCAACGUGUUCGUAGUAGUAAUCGUAUCUGUAGAAUCGACGGCAUCGAUACUGAUGUUAAUAGUACUGGUCAUAGUAGUGGUGGUAACAGAGUAGUGGUGGUGGCAAUAGUAGUGUGUGGUAGUGGCGGUGGUAACGUUAGAGGCAGCAAAGUCACAGCGGGCAGGCAGACCAGUUGGGACUUGGGACUAUCGCAUGCGUGUGCGAUGAAAAAGCACGAGGCGAAUCAGUACCUUCUCGACCGUGCUCGUGUCAGGAUGUGUUUCGUUGAUUUUUGGACUCGAAUUAACUUCGUAUGUGAAUAAAUUUUCGCGUAAUGUGUCGCGAAUAGUAAUCGUGAUCCUGAUUAUCUUUUUAUUCGUGAUUUUAUAUUUUUCGUUUGUUCCUCAUAGAGGUGCAACGAAAUUCAAACACGGACUAUAAAAAGUGUCAGAAAGAAAAGAAGCCAGAGUAAUAAAAGGGAGACCUAAGAAACAACAGAAGAAAUUGAAGCAACAAAUAAAUCGCGAAACGUGUAAUACGAUUUGCCGGUACGACUGACCGCUAUACGUGUUCGUAAGAUCUAUCCCAUGAAAAGUAAUGUAUGAACGGAGAGUAAUGCGCGUGUGGUGAUCAAGACAAAAAAAAUUGUGCUUUCGUGUUUUCAAUCAUCGAUCGAUAUGGCCCAUCAUAUAGUUGAAUCAGUAUCCGAAUUGUCGGCUUUAAUGAAAGUCAGUGCGACUAAUUCCGAAAGGGAUGCUGGUUUCUGUAGCGGUGGCGACGAGGACGAUAUAUCUGAUCUACACUCGCCAAGCUCCUCGGAAGAUAGUCUAGAAGUGCAAAUAACGCCGAUAUCAUUGAAAAACAAGAGAAAAUUGGCCGAGCCUCGAAAAAUUCACGAGCCGAACUUAGCACCAUUGAAAAAACGAAGAUUCCAACGAAUCGAAGAAGAAACUAUACCGAGCGAGGAAUCGACUAGAACUUUAAGAUCUCCGAGCCCGUUUCGACCAUGGAGUUGCACCAACAAGAACAUUGAUUCGAAACUUUCUUUACCUAUUUCAGCUGCGGAAAGGUCAAAUCAGUGCGUUUUCACCUUAUUAUCGAACACACCGUCACCAUCUCCCAUUGUUUCAAAUCGAAUUAACCAUCACCACCAUCAUCGUCAUCGUCUCCAUCAUCAUCGUCAUCAUCAUCAUCAACAUUAUUGUCACAACAAUGAUGAUAAGAAGAAUAACGACGACGUUCGAAAAGACAAUCUGGAUCAGAGGCAUGCUUCAGAGGAUGGCGUCGCAUGUGAGAUAAAUAUAAAAGGGAAUGAUGAUUUUCAAAAACAACAGGAGUUGGAAUGCCAAGAAAAUUUAUCUGCCAGAUUACGACAGUCGACGCAAACGCGUGCCAUACGUGCUGAGAAGCGCGAGUUCCUCCGUCAAAAAUCCGAUAACACGAUGAUCUCGUCUGCAAGUUCCACGGCUAUAUCGGAAACAAUAUUGUCAUCGUCUACAAUAUCUCCAAUUACGCAUCUCAGAUUACAAGAAGAACCUUUGUCACUUGUAUUGAGAAGCGAUAUAGCCGCCAGGGUACCGUCGCAUCCAGCAGUGAACGGUACUUACGAAAAAUCCUGCUCAUAUUCUAUAAAAUGUACAAAUGUUUCAUCUUCGUCGUUAUCGUCUUCUCUCUCUUCCUCGUCCUCAUCGGCAGCAUCCACAACAUCAUCCUCAUCCUCCACUUCCUCAUCCUCCUCUUCCUCUCUUUUGUCUUCCCAUCCUCAGCAAGAUCAUCGGUUGUCGAACAAUGAUAAUUCUUGCUCGACAACGGUAAUCACAUCCACGACGAUAACAACAACAGCAACCACAUUGACAACGACGAUGACGAACGUUCAUAACGGUCAAACAAGGCACCACACGAUGCCAAGUCAACAGAGGAACUACAAAAACAUGACGCGGGAAAGGAGAAUAGAAGCAAAUGCUAGAGAACGGACGAGAGUGCAUACCAUAAGCGCUGCAUUCGAUACGCUGAGACGCGCUAUUCCCGCUUACUCACACAAUCAGAAGUUAUCGAAGUUAUCCGUAUUAAGGAUCGCGUGUAGUUACAUCAUGACCCUCGGUAAAAUUGUCGAUAUCCCCGAAGGCGAGACAGCCAACAGUGCUUCAUUAGGAGCUUGCGUGGACCUCGUCUCUAGGACCAUUCAAACAGAGGGAAAAAUUAGAAAGAGAAAAGAAGACUGAAUCGCAUAAGUACAUAAGUAUAGUUGGGCUUAAUUCUAACAAUACUAUAGUCUGAUGCGAUACAAUGUAUAUAUAAACAUUUAAUCAAUUGUCAUUUAAUCUGUAAAUCAUUGAAAAUUGAAUUGAUAAAUAGUCCAACUAAAUGUUAUUCAACGAAUGUUAAAUAUUUUUCCGAUCAUCUCUUUAAAAUUUUGAUGCUGAAUAAAAGAAUAUCUACAUAUGUAUGUACAAUGUCUUUGAUGAAAAUUAUAAAAAAUAAAAGGGAGUUGACAAGAUACGAUGUAUCCAACUCGCAAAUUGAAUUAA